AAUCCUACCCCAUUUAGAACCAGUCUUCUCUCUCAUCACCACACCAACCCUCUUUUUCUCUCUCUAAAAGUUUGAUAAGAAAAUGGGAAGACAACCAUGCUGUGACAAAGUUGGAUUGAAGAAAGGUCCAUGGACUUCUGAUGAAGACAAGAAACUUAUUAACUUCAUCCUUACCAAUGGCCAAUGCUGCUGGAGAGCUGUUCCAAAACUUGCAGGAUUAUUAAGAUGUGGUAAAAGUUGUAGACUCAGAUGGACUAAUUAUUUGAGGCCAGAUCUUAAAAGAGGACUUUUAUCUGAUUAUGAAGAGAAGAUGGUUAUUGAUCUUCAUUCUCAACUUGGAAACAGAUGGUCCAAGAUUGCUUCUCAUCUUCCAGGAAGAACAGAUAAUGAAAUCAAGAAUCAUUGGAAUACCCAUAUAAAGAAGAAACUAAAGAAAAUGGGAAUUGAUCCACUAACCCAUAAAUCUAUCUCCCCUGUUCCAGCAGUCAAUAAUGAUGAUCAUCAUCCACAGGAGGAGGAGGAGAAGAAAGAGAAAGAGGUGGAGGAGAUAUUUGAUCAAAUAUUACAGAUAGAUGAGAAUAACAAUGGAUUUUGCACAGACGAAGUGCCGAUGAUUGAGCCUCAUGAGAUUCAGGUGGUGGUGCCAGCGCCGGCACCGGUGCCGUCUUAUUCAUGUUCAUCAUCGCAAUCGGAUUCAAGUUUGUUGGAUAAUCUGGAAUUACCAUCUUUUGAAUGGCUACAAGGUGAUGAGUUUCUAUCAAAUUACGAUAUCAUGGAUUUCUGGGAUGAUGAUUUCACUAGCGGUUUGGAUUUGUUGAUUAAUGACGUUUAACUCCCUUUAAUCAUAUUUUUGAUGAGGGACACUUUUGUAAUUUCGUCUUUUUUUUACUGUGAAUAAGAUGAGAAGUCUGGCUCAAAAGAGCCCACAUCCUUUUUUUUCUAUUUUUUUUUUUUUUUUUUUUUACUUCUGACUAUUUCCUCAUUGUGUACUUUACUUUUAGAUUCACUUAUUGUAUAUGUUAAUAAUCUACCUUACAUUACCUUUUUAGAUCAUGCUUGUAAAGCUUAUAUAAAUAUAUUAAAAUACCAUGUUUAAGU